CUAGUGAUCGCCCCCGUUUCAGCAGAGAUUACAAGACCUUUUUUGAUCCUGAGGCGAACAAGGGAAGGUGACCUUUGCGGUGAAGGUUCAUGUUUCAAUCAAUAGGCAUCUCUUGAUCUGGUCCGCGCGUUGUGGCGCACUUCUCAUGACUUCUUUGCUCUUCUUUGUCGAAUGCAGGACUUCGAUCUUGUCACAGUGUCAAGUUGCCGUCAUGAGCGGUUCGGCUUCUGUCACUGUAUCGUCCGGAGACUGCACUGGCACAACCACGUCAAACCGCCGGCGGGAAGGCCGAGGUGCCCAUGGUUGACAGUUAUUUGCCGACACCAGCCAGACACUACUCGGCCGCCGAUCGCAAAGGUCCAACGUUCCUCGCCGUUGCAACCUGUCGCAAAGUAUUGCACUUCUAGUUAGAAGUAAUUAUCACCAAGGAAACUUGCCCAGAAGCCUCAAUUCAUGUAUAUUCCUGUCAGAAAGGUCGUGACGACAUGUGCAAGAAAUCAGUACGAGUUGAAGUGUGUCGAGCCUUACCUUCUGAACGAGCAUUCCGAAUCUGAAUCUUGCAGUUGAUCUACAGGAUGGCCACGUCUAAUUUUUGAGCUGUUCAUGCGAGCUUCGCAGUGACAUG